AUGUUUUCACUGAAUUCUAUUAACAGUCAAAAUCAGGUUCUUAUUAGUUUUAGUCAGCUGUCGUCUCGAUAUUCAUGUAUAUUCAAGCAAAAGAAACACAAUAAUAGUAAAAAUAAACAUGUGAAGAGCACGGAGGCUACUACAGGGUUUUACAAUGCAACACUAUGCCCGGAGAGCUUUAACGAAACCCUAAACAAUAUUGAUAAGAAUGUGUUAAUAGAGAUGCGUAACAUUGACCUAAGAUCCCUAAGAACGAUAGCUGGUCCUUGCAAAAGUCCUCUUAAUAAUCUGAGCUCCGUAAAGAAGAUUUCUUAUAUGUCUGGUGAUUCAUUUGAGAAAAAUAAAAAUGGUUGGAUAGAUAUGUCAUCUACACCAACAGUAACAGUUGAUUUACGAAACAAACACCCACGAUUUAAUUUCACUGAUAAUUUUGUUGGGCUGCUUGCAAGUGGUUUAAGACAUAACACCUUUAAAUACAACAUACAGGUUCGAGGCUUUAAAACUGAGCGUAGUGUCCAUGCGGACCUCAAACGGAACCCUAACCUCAUCAAUAGACUGCGUAAGUUAUUCGGCCUAAAUGUUAGUGAUGGUGCAGAAAAGCAGCAACAGGGUAACCUGGGACCUGAAGUUGCACCCCGACUGGAGAAACUUCUCAAUGAGAACACACUGCUCACAAACCAGCAAAAGGAUAAAAUCAAGAUAGCAUUUGCAGAGGGGUAUCUUGCUGGGUCACACCCAGAAAAUGCCCGUACAUCGAAAGGUUCUAAAUACUUGAAGCUGGUGCAGCAACUGCUGACUAUAGUGCUAUUUCUUGCCAUCUUCGUCAGCCUCAUGGCGUCCGUCAGUGGCACCGUCUUCCGGAUCCAGCUUGGUAACCAGGUGGAAGUGGACCCGGAGGACAUCAACGUCACCUUCGACGACGUCAAGGGCGCUGACGAGGCCAAGCAGGAGCUAAAGGAUGUGGUGGAAUUCCUAAAAUCUCCAGAGAAGUUUUCAUCAUUGGGUGGUAAAUUGCCAAAGGGUGUAUUGCUAGUCGGUCCGCCCGGCACUGGCAAAACACUGUUGGCACGGGCCGUGGCUGGUGAGGCUCGGGUGCCGUUCUUCCACGCGGCUGGUCCGGAGUUUGACGAGAUCCUCGUGGGACAGGGAGCUCGACGUGUGCGAGAUUUGUUCAAAGCGGCAAAAGAACGAGCACCAUGUGUGAUUUUCAUUGAUGAGAUCGAUUCGGUUGGCGCCAAAAGAACCAAUAGUGUUUUACAUCCAUACGCAAAUCAGACAAUCAACCAACUUCUGUCUGAGAUGGACGGAUUCCAUCAGAAUGAAGGCGUUAUAGUGCUCGGUGCUACAAAUCGAAGAGAUGAUCUCGAUCAGGCCUUGUUAAGACCUGGUCGCUUUGAUGUGGAGGUAUCGGUGCCGACGCCCGACUACUCGGGGCGCGUGGAGAUUCUGCAGAUGUACGUGUCGCGCGUGGCGGCACAGCCUGACGUGGACGUGGAGGCGCUCGCGCGCGGCACCACCGGCUUCACCGGAGCCGACCUCGAGAGCAUGGUCAACCAGGCCGCGCUCAAGGCAGCUAUAGAAGGUGCGAAGACUGUGUCCAUGUUACAUUUAGAAGAAGCACGGGACAAGUUACUGAUGGGUCCAGCUCGGAGAGCCAGACUUCCUGAUGAUGAAGCCAAUGCUAUCACGGCCUGCCAUGAAGGUGGCCAUGCCGUAGUCGCAUAUUAUACCAAGGACGCUCAUCCAUUACACAAAGUGACGAUAAUCCCACGCGGUCCAUCGCUGGGUCACACUGCCUACAUACCUGCCAAAGAGAGAUACCACGUUACGAAACAACAGCUGCUGGCCAUGAUGGACACCAUGAUGGGUGGUCGGGCUGCUGAGGAGCUGGUGUUUGGACCUGAAAAAAUCACAUCAGGCGCAUCGUCGGACCUGAAGCAGGCGACGUCGAUCGCGUGCCACAUGGUGCGUGAAUGGGGCAUGAGCGACAAGGUGGGCCUGCGCACCAUGGAGCCCACGCGUGGGCCGCUCGCCCAGUCCGAGACGCUCGGCCCCGCCACCAACGAGAUGGUGGACAGUGAAAUUAAGAAAAUACUGGCGGAGAGUUACGAGCGAGCGAAGGCCAUACUACGCACUCAUGCUAAAGAGCACAAAGCAUUAUCUGACGCUCUGCUGAAAUACGAGACGCUGGACGCGGACGAUAUCAAGGCCAUCAUGGGCGGCGAGAAACUGAAACGCGAGCGCCAGAACAGAAGCAGCAACAAGGAGUCAACCGCGGGCCCCACCUUGCGCUCGGCCACGCCUACUGCCCCGCCCACCGCCACGCCUACUCCCGCCCCCGCUUAG